AGGUAACGCCUACCUUUUGUCAACCAGCAUCUGAGUCAUGGCUAUGCGAUAUCCUAUACUCCAAAUAGCUAUCCUAACGACUUUGAUCGUCGUUAUCUUAUUUACCAUGUUCAGUAGAUACUAUGAGGAGGAACAGUUUCACUCGCUACUGACGAGGAACUGCUACUUCACAAGAGGUUCACCGGUAAUAAGCAGCGCUUCCAGGGAUGGAGUUUUCUACCGUGCCGCGGACAUCGCUGAGCGGAACGAGGAUUGGGGGAAAAAGGUAUGCUCUUUACAGCAACUAGAUGACCUGGAUGACUUCUAUGAAUAUAUCUACACGUCUAGAGUUCCUUGUGAUUGGAAGAUGAUGCUGGGAGGACGCCUGUAUCAUAAGACUUCCAAAAUAGACGGUGACAAAUGGGUGUGCUUGGACAAGCAAUUCAACAUCUCUCCAAGGAGAUGUCUCAUUUUCUCCUUUGGUAUCGGUGCCGAUUGGUCUUUUGAGGAUGAGGCUGAAGGAAAAUUGGGCUGCAAGGUGUUUGCUUUUGAUCCGACAAUUAAAGAAGACACACACAACCGAACAGAAAACAUACGUUUCUUCAACCUGGGCAUCAGUGACUUCAACAAGACUGGACCAAAUUUCAAAGUAAAGACGAACCGUUACUGCAACAUUCUCAAUGGGCUUGGUCAUCUCAACAGCAUCAUUGAUAUCCUCAAGAUUGACGUAGAGGGAAGUGAACUUCGCUUCUUUCGAGAUGUUCUUGAGGAAACACCUAAUCUCCUUAAAAUGUUAAAUUCAUAG